AUGAUAGGAUGGUUGGGGUUAGUGAUUGUUAUUGAAUGGUGUAUGGGGGCGAUACCUGACAUUAUGAGUGGGCAGAUGUAUCUUCCACCGCUGAUGGGAGAUACAGGAAUGUUUGGAUCACCACAGAUGGGAGGUGGAAAGGCAGGGCAAGUGCUGACGUUUGGGCCUGAUCCAAGUAGUGGAUUGAUGUCGCCUAUGGCGUUUCAGCCGCCUGGGAAUAUACAAUAUGCAAGUACCUGCGAUUCUUUGACUAAUCAAAAUGAGCAGUUCAAGAGAUGUGUGACUAACCAGAUCAAAGAUGUCAAGGCUGUGGUUGACAACUGCAAGAAGGUGCUUGGGGAGGAUGCAAAAGAGUGUUGUGUGGAUGAUAGCUGUCUUGAUGUCAUAAAUAGGAAUCUUGAUGGGUGUUGCAGCUCUAGAGAUUCCAAGGCAUGCAGAGAUGAAAAGUGUCAUAAAACGAUUGCAGACUCAAUCGUGAACAACAUGAACACUGAGCAACUUAAGAAGUCGUUGUCUGAUGUAUUGAAGUCAAGUCUGAAAAAGAUAGGAAAUGGACUUUUGGAAUUGACUUCAUGCACCAGAGACAAGUGUGGGAGAGAUGCUUAUGAUGACCGAUCUAUCGGACCUAGCACAAGAAGCAAUUAUGAAGAUGCAGAUGAAUACAAUAGAGUAAGUUCAGGGAAUAUUACAGAUAAUGUGCCAAGUAAAGGCGUGAUGCUGGUUCCAGUGGAAAAAAAGAAGUAUGACCAGAUGUUUGGAAUGCUAGAUGAGGAUGUCAAACGAAUGUCAAGUAGCAAUAAAUCAAAUCAAAGGCAUGUGAGUGAUCCCAACCGCACAGAGUAUUCAAUGAGAGAUUCAGAUUACACACGAAGAGAUACACAAUCAAGAAAUGCACAAGAUUGUUUAUCUGGUAACCGUAGCAAGGAAUGUGUUAGAAUGAAUGAUGAAUGGCAAGAAUCCAGCGAUGAUAACAAAUUCAUGAGUGACUCUGAUGAUGAUAUGAAUUAUACAAAUACAACCCGUUCAAGGAAACAUAGAGGCAAUGAAAAUAUUCAAAGGCACCAGGAUCCAGUGAAUAAAUCUACGCCAAGGACCACACAAUCUCAUAGAACAGAUAUGCCUAGGAAAGCAGCACCUGCUCCUUCCGAAUGCACUAGAAAAAUGUGCAGCCAAGAGAGUAGAAAUGAUGUAAAUCUUGAGUGUACAGAUUACUGCAAAAGAACAGGCAGAAGUAGUAAUGCAACAUAUACCAAUGAAGGCAGGAGUAGAAGCAUAGAAGAUACAGAUGCAUUAGCAAGUGAUUCUUGCCUAGAUUAG